GCAACAAACGGCCGCGCCAAAACUUCUAGUGUCGAUGAAACCUUGCAAAUAUUGCCAAAAAACAGAAACAUUUGCGAACGAACUGCUUAAAUAAACAGCGCAAGGAUGAGCAUGAGCUUGGACGAGUCCAUCUGCGCGUAUUUCGUGAAGAAUUCGAAGCCGGGCGAUGGUAGCAGCUUGGACGCGGAAAUUCUGGAGCAGUUUGAGGCGUCGAAGGAAUUACUAGGCCAGCAACUGGCAGAGACCCAAAUCCGACAGAUCAAACCCAGCGAGGGCUAUCCCCUGAUAGCGGUCGGGAACCUCACCAAGAAGGAUGUGUUUAUCCUGGCCCAUUUCGAGGGCGACUUCUUCGAGCAGCUGAAGAAAACAAAAGCUCUGAUUCUGGGGCCACCGUGUCUGCUGGCAUGUCUCCGGCAAGAGCAGCCCAUUCCCCUGGGCAGCAGUGCCAUCUACACCACGGCCAUGCGCGAUCUCCAGAUAUCCGCCACUGGAAUAACUCCCGACAAGAAGGAGGAGCUCAGCAAUCUGAUCCAGUGGAUGGGCGGAGUUUAUUUCCAGACCUUUGGCCACCGUACCACCCAUCUCAUAUCCAACACCAUCAAGUCGUACAAGUACGAGCAGGCCACACUAAACGGGGUGCCCGUGAUGCACGUGGAUUGGGUGCAGUAUGUCUGGGAUCUGAGUCGCCGGCAGCAGCGCGAAGGAAUCCGUGCCACAGAUCCGGAGUUCGACAAGUACCGACUGCCCGUAUUCUUUGGGGUUAACAUCACAUGCAGCGGCCUGGACGUGGCACGCAAGGAUCAGGUCAUGAAGCUGGUCCAGGAGAACGGAGGCAUCUACCAUCGCGCCUUUCGCUCCCAAGUGGUGGACAUCGUCAUAACCGAACAGUCUAAAACCGACACCGAGAAGUACAAAGCAGCCAUACGCUACAAGAAGGAUGUGCUGCUUCCGGAAUGGAUCUUCGAAAGCAGCAAGCGCGGCUACGCCUUACCCACCAAGGAGUACGAGGUUCGUCCCGGCAAGAAGUCCUCCACGCCCACAAAAUCAAACAGAUCUCUGGCUCGCGGUGCCGACAGCACGCAGCUCUCGGAUCUCUCUAGGAUUAGCUUCGUUUCGGGAUCCCGUCGCAUGGGCAGCGAUCUUACCACAGUCAAUGAGUCCCUGAGCAGCCUGGGCAGCAGCUCCCCAGCCAAGGAACUGUUGAAGCAGGCCACAUCCCAGGCCAGAAACUACCAGCAAGUGCUGGCGGAGAUCGAUCCCAGGCAGGCGAAGAAAUCGGGGUCCUUCCUGGACGGCUGCUGUGUCUACCUCAGUGGCUUUCGCACCGAGGAGCGCGAGAAGCUCAAUCGUGUUCUGAAUACUGGCGGAGCCACACGCUACGAUGAAGCCAACGAGGGAGUAUCCCACAUCAUAGUCGGCCAGUUGGAUGACGCAGAGUACAGGCAGUGGCAGCGCGACGGCCUAAUGGGUUCGGUGCACGUGGUGCGCCUGGACUGGCUGCUGGAGAGCAUCCGCAACGGCAAGGUAGUGAAUGAGCUCACCUAUCGCGUCUCCCUACCGGUCAGUGGAGAGCCCGACGUGGCGUCGCCGGCCAGCAAGCGCACGCUCCGUUCCAUGAACCACAGCUUCAAGCAGCCGCAGCUGCCCAUCAAGAAGAAGCUGUUCGAGCAGGAGCAACAGCAGCAGGAGGACCAGGAGCAGGAUAAUCAGCUGCUGGGCCAGUACUCGCAGGACCAGGGUGCAGUAGCUCAACUACCGCCUGUGGACAUAAGCGUUCUCCAUCCGGCCGCCAGCUCCACACAGAUGGAAAUCAAUCCGAGGACUUCCCUGGCUCCCAAUCCAAGCAUAACAUCGGUUGCCCCGGUUGCCAUUCCGGAUCUGAGCGCCAGCGCCAUGUCGAUCGAUUACGAGAAGCUGGACUACUUCUCCGGCCUGACCGUCUACGUGCACAAGGAGUGCUUCAACUCGGAGUUCUACAACCAGUUGCUGGUCGAGGUGGAGGCCGCCCAGGGCAUCCUGGUGCCGCCCAGCUACGUCGACCAGGUGGACUUUGCCAUCGUGAGCUUCGAGGUGCCUUUCGACGUAAAGGAACUGCCCGUAAAGUCCAACUUUGUGGCCACCGAGCUGUUCCUGGAGAGCUGUAUGAAGCUAAACAAGCUUCUGCCCCUGGACUACUACCACAAGCCGGUGCCCGCCGCCGCCCUGAAGCAGCCACUGGAGGGCAUGACGAUUGUGGUGUCCAUUUAUGCGGGACUGGAGAGGGACUUCAUCAACUCGGUGUCGGAGCUGUUGGGCGCCUCCGUCAACAAGACCUUCAUCAAGAAAGAGAAGCCCUUGCUGAUCUGCCCGAGUGCCGAGGGCUCCAAGUACGAGGGCGCCAUCAAGUGGAACUAUCCGGUGGUCACCUCCGAGUGGCUGGUGCAGUGCGCCCGCACCGGCCAGAAGCUGCCCUAUGUAGGUCACCUGGUGGGCAAGAGUCCCGAGGAUUUCCCGGUCUCGCCCAAACUCCGGGAGAGCAACACUCGCACACCGAGGCGUCCAGAGGCGACUCCUCCGCUGCCGCCGCCGCCAGUGCCCAUGGAGGAGGAGGAGAACCAGCCGGAAAUGGAAGCGCCGCCUAUGUCAGCGGCCAAUCCUUCAGCUCCAGCUCCAGAACUGACUCCUCUGCGGAACCGACGAGUCUCCGAACUGGCCGGCAUUCCCGGCGGCAGUGCCCGUCGCCGCAGCAGCAGCUCCACAUCCUCACCAGACUCGCCGUGCACGCUCAGCCAGGUGGGUGCCCAGAACUACAACUUCGACUUCCUCGAGCAAUUCGUCCAGCGGUUGGACAACGACGAGGGGAAGGACUGCGUCCGCCAGAUCAUCCGCGAAAUGCGAGAGAACCAAACCCCCGAACUGGAGCGCAUCCGGAGACAGGCCUGUACUCCGGUCAGUCGACGACAUUCGCGACCCGCUUCCGGGAUACCCGACUUCUGCCUGACGCCGGAGUUCCAGCAACGGAUGGCGGACGACUUUGAGCGACGAUGGCGUCUGCCCACCCAGAAGAUCAAGCCGGACACACCGCUGGCGGUGAUCAGGCAGCGGGUGAUGCGCAUAACCUGCGAGACCCUGGGCAUAGAAUACGAUGAGGGAUCGGACACGGUGGAGGAAGAGCAUCAGGCGCAGAAGGCACAGCGACAGCAGGAGGAGGGACUGGGCACUGCCAAGAAGAAGCCUCCGCCGAGGACUCAAGCCACAAAGCUAGUUUUCGAAAGGUCACCGCCGACUCCCAAGCAACCAGUGGCCGGCGGAAGCUCCGCCACACCCAAGCUAUCAUUGGCCAGCAGCAGCUCCACCACACCCAAGCUAUCAGUGGCCAGCAGCAGCUCAGCCACACCCAAGCUAUCAGUGGCCGGCGGAAGCGCCAUCACAUCCAGGCUAUCACUCAGGCCAUCCCUCGACAACAGAUCCCCCCGAACGUCUGUGGACGCCAAUCCAAGGCGUUCGUCGUUCAUACCGCCCACCCAGGAGAGUCCAGGACUGGCCCGGAAACCGGAGGAGCCAUCGAAACCACCCAGAAGAUCGGAUCUAGCACCGAGUGAGGAGGCUGCCAGUCAGAGCACCAUCAACUUUGACAAAAUAAGCUUCGAGGAGACUGCUCCGGCUAUGAACACGGAUCUGAAGCAGAUCACGGACUAUCUGAAGAACUGCGAGAGCCGGAGGAACAGCCUGAAGCGCAGCCACGACAGCGACAUGGAGGGCCCCGAGAGCGAGGUCCAGUACGUGCAGCCAUUUGAGUCCGAGGGCUUUGCCAUGGGCACCGAGGACAUGGUGAGUUGGCGGGAUCCCGUCGAGUUUAAUGCCGCCAAGAGGCGAUCCUCCGGCGGCUCGCCCAGGAUGCAACACCGGGGCACACCCUGCUUCAGCAUCUCGUGCGGCGAUGACGGUGAGAAGCGAGCGGAACUGAUAGCGAGAAUCGAGCAGCUGGGCGGGAAGAUGUGCGAGAAUCUGGUCAACUACGACGACGCGUGCACCCACCUGCUCUGCGAGCGUCCCAACCGGGGCGAGAAGAUGCUCGGCUGCAUGGCCGCCGGCAAGUGGAUCCUCAGCAUCCAGUACGUCGAACAGAGCCACGCCCGUGGCCACUUCCUGGACGAGGCCAUGUUCGAGUGGGGCAACCCGAAGGCCCUGAAUCUACCGGUGCUGCCGCCGGAGGAGCAGCCCAUCGCGGCUGCAGUGCAUCGCUGGCGCUCGGAGCUGGGCAUCCGCGGCGGAGGAGCCUUUACCGGCCACCGGGCCAUCCUAAGUAUGCAGCGCAGCGGGGCGGCCAUCCGCAAUGUCCUGGUCGCCGGCGGAGCCGUCAUCUUGGAGCCCAAGACACCCUUCGCCUCGGACCCCAUGGCCGCCACAGCUACCCAUUGCUUCGUGGACGUGAAGAAGGCUCCGCUCUCCCCCCAGGACCUGGCCUAUCUGCUGAAGAAGGGAGUGCGUGUCCUCAGUCAGAUCGCCAUCAACAGUUAUCUGAUGAAGGGACGGGAUGCCGAUCUGGGAGCAUACGAGCUCAGUUAAGGAGUCUGCUCCCCUACACUGGAAACUAAUAUUAGUUUGUUCUAUUUUUUUUUUCUUGUUGCUUAAGACUGUCAGAAGACUUGUCGGAAUUUCUUAGAAUCAGUUUUUCAUUUCUUUAAGUUAUCUUGUUAUCUUUUUUCCAAAAAUUCUCAAAAUAAAUAUUAUCGAUAGAGUGUAAAAGGUU